GGGGCGGGGCGCGGCCGGGCUCCGGCGGGCGCUGAGCGCGGCGGGAGCGGAGCGAGCGCCAGGCUUUGGUUAGUGUUUUAGACUCAUAACAUAUUCCUCUGAAGCUGAUGUUUUCCUAACACUUUCAGCUUGGCUUUAAAAGCUACUUCACUGGAAUGUUUUAAAUGGUUAAAAAACCUCUAGGAUUUGAAGUUUAUUUAAAUUAAUUGAAGGAAACACUUCUGGCCUCACCAAAGAAAUAACUGGAAUCAUGGAUCAGAACAACAGUUUGCCACCCUAUGCUCAAGGCUUAGCCUCCCCUCAGGGUGCAAUGACUCCAGGAAUUCCAAUAUUCAGCCCAAUGAUGCCAUAUGGCACAGGACUGACGCCACAGCCUGUCCAGAGCACCAACAGUCUGUCCAUACUGGAGGAGCAGCAGCGGCAGCAGCAGCAGCAGCAAGCAGCACAGCAAUCCACGUCACAGCAAGCGACACAGGGAACAUCUGGUCAAACCCCCCAGCUCUUCCAUUCACAGACUCUUACCACAGCCCCUUUACCAGGAACCACCCCUCUGUACCCCUCUCCAAUGACUCCAAUGACUCCCAUAACUCCUGCUACACCGGCAUCAGAGAGCUCUGGCAUAGUGCCACAACUACAGAAUAUUGUGUCCACAGUGAAUCUUGGUUGCAAACUUGACCUAAAAACUAUUGCACUUCGUGCCCGAAAUGCUGAAUAUAAUCCCAAGCGUUUUGCUGCUGUUAUUAUGAGAAUAAGAGAACCACGUACUACUGCACUGAUAUUCAGCUCUGGAAAAAUGGUGUGCACAGGAGCAAAAAGUGAGGAGCAAUCUAGAUUGGCAGCAAGGAAGUACGCAAGAGUUGUUCAGAAACUGGGUUUUCCUGCAAAAUUUUUGGAUUUUAAAAUUCAGAAUAUGGUGGGCAGCUGUGAUGUGAAAUUUCCCAUCAGACUGGAAGGAUUGGUACUCACACACCAGCAGUUCAGCAGCUACGAGCCAGAGUUGUUUCCUGGCUUAAUCUACAGAAUGAUUAAGCCAAGAAUUGUUCUGCUUAUUUUUGUUUCUGGAAAAGUGGUUUUAACUGGUGCUAAAGUACGAGCAGAAAUCUAUGAAGCAUUUGAAAACAUCUAUCCUAUUUUAAAGGGAUUCAGAAAGACAACGUAACAGUUUCUACACAUUUCAGAGAAAUCAGGGGUAUAUUUUAAAAGGUAUUGUGUAUGGCACAGCAGUAACAAGAAAUGGACUUCCAGUGCAACUGCAACACCAGGACUUGGACUAUUUCCCAGUUAGUGCCUACUUCCCUGAUGCUCAAGGGGAACUGUAUUCUUGAAUAUGUCUACUGAGUUACUGUGAGUUGCUUUACUGGGCUGUUCCUGGAGCAGCCCCUCCAACUUUUAUUUAUAUUCUAGCUUUUAAAUAGUUUUAAUGCCAGUUCUAUUAAUAGAAAAACUGUAAGUUGGUUUAAAGACAAAUGCAACUGUGUCACUCAGUGUAUAAACCACUUAAAUUGCCAUGUAUAUAUGUUUUAAGUUCCUUCCAUAAGACCAUGGUUUUUAUAAUUUUCAGAACUUUAGCUUUUAAAUUUUUUCAGUUUUAAAUUUCUUUGAUGCCAGACACAUUCCCUCUUUCCAGUAUUAAGCAAGAUAGAAUAAAUUUAUUAAUUAAAAUGGCUCACUGUACAUAUAUAUAUAAUAUAUACUUCUCUUUCCUUCUUCAGCUCCACAUGUACAAUAAACCCUGUUUAUACAA